AUGUUUUUCCAUUUUUUUUCAUCAGUUAUUAUUCUAAUUUUGUUACAAUAUCUGAAUUACAGUGAAUCUACUAUCUCUAAAGAUCGAUUUCCUUCAGUUCCUGGUGUAAUAACAAAAACAAGCUUUCCAAUUAAUUUGACAGUUAACUUCAAAUCAGAUGUCAUUAUUGUAAAGUGUCCUACUAAUAAAUACAAGCAUAGUCAUGAUUCAGAUGUAUUUAAUUUAGAUAGACAAUUAAGUUCUUCAGAAAUUGGUGUUAAUACAACAGAAGCCAAUUUUUUUUGGGUUGGAGUAGCAUAUAAUUAUUUAGAACCAAAACAACAUUCUGUAAAUAAUUUUCUUGAAUGUGGAAAUAUAACUACAAAAAAUGAAAAAUCAAUUUAUUGGCAAUAUAAUUUUAAAUGGGAAAACAAACCAAAUAUAUUACAAAAUUUAAAAUUGGAAAAAAUUCCAGAAAAACUUAGUAAUAGAGAAGGUUGUGACACUGAUCCAAAAAAAAUAAUAGUUUAUUCAAAGUGUAAACAGGGUAUGUUAGGUAAGCAUUUUAUAAAUGAUUAUACUUAUCCUGCGGUGGGAACAACUUAUUACUAUUUUGUUAUACCUGAUGAAACUGAUAAAAUAGAAAUGAAAGAACCAUGUUCAAUUGUCAAAGCCGUAUUUGACGUACCAGAAUUAGCACUUAGUGGAUAUAAUCUUACUGAAAGAUCAUACGCUGGUAAAAAAAUUUACUUCAUUCAAAAAAAAUUAACUCCAGAAAUCUAUUCAAUAGAUUUUUAUGCACCACAAUCACAUACCUUUAAUUUUGAAAAAGUAAACGCGACAAAAAUGAAGUAUCAUAACAAUGAUAUUAUUGAAGUUCCAAAUACCACUGAAGAAAUGACACAUUCAAUAACAGUUGAAGGAUACCAAAUAAUAAAAUUGUCCUACGAUUGUUUAACACUAGAGGGUAUAAAAACUUCUACAAGAAUUUUUUACUUUGGACCAGAUUAUAAAAACUAUGAAUUUCCAAAUGAAGAUAUUUUGUAUGUUGUAGGUGACUCUAUCAAUCAACCAAACUGUACUAUUGAUCGUUUUACUUUUGGAAUUCUUGAAUCAGUAUCUUAUAAUAAUGAAAAAGUUAAUCUAAAAGAUUUGCAAGGUAGUGGUACAAAAAAAGGCAAUUUUAAGCGUUCUGAAAAUUAUGUUUUUUUUACAAAUACAAAAAAAGCUUUAAUAAAAUUAAAAUGUAUUUACAUCAACCCAAAUGGAAAAAUGAUCACAUCUUUAACAUUUAUAAGAGGUAAAAAAAGAAAAUUAGGAAAGGAUAAAAACGGAAAGGAUUCUUAUGUAAUAAAUAGGGAUGACUCUAUAACUGAAGACUCAUCUGAUAAACCUAUUGAUAAUGCUGCAAUUAGUUUUUCCAAGUCUAUAAUUAUCAAAGCUAUGUUAAUUAUUAUUGCUUUUGUUUUGUAUUAA